AUGACUCUCAAGUACCUGAUCACAGGAGCCACGGGCGGUCUGGGUUCACAGGUAUUGUCUUAUCUUGUGGCCAACGUGCCCGCAUCAGAAUACGCAGCUGCUUCGUCGAACGAGGCAAACCGCAAACGUUUCGAGGAUCAGGGAAUUGCCUUCCGCGUAGUCAACUACGAUGACCCUCAAACGAUGGAGACCGCAUUUGAGGAUGUGGAGAACCUGUUAUUUGUGAGCACCAGCACGUUCGAUGUCGAGAAGCGACGACAACAGCACCAGAGCUUCGUCGACGCCGCCAAAAAGAUGAAUGUCAAACAUACUUGGUAUACAUCACUCGCAUUUGGAGGGUUCCGCUCCGAUUCCAGGGCAGAUGUGCAGCAAGCUCAUUUGAUGACCGAGGAAAUGAUGCGACAAUCCGGUAUCAAUUUCACCUCCAUUCGUGAAGGUCUAUACACUGAUGCCUUCCCAAUCUUCAUGGGGUGGUACCCAAGCACAUCCACCGUUUAUCUGCCAUCCGAUGGGCUCAUCGCCUUCACCCUGCGCGACGAGCUAGGCGAAGCGAACGCUCGAUUGAUGAUUCGCGGCGGAUACGACAAGAAAAUUGUUCUCCUGACCGCCCAGGAGCCCGUCACGUUCAGCGAGAUCGCGGAUCUUAUCAACGAGACCACGGGCCGAGAUGUGCAGGUCAAGCUUGUUUCUCUGGAAGAAUUCGUGCAAUUGAAAAGCGCGAAUGAUGAAGGAGGGAAGCCGGAGGCAUUCUUCCGCAAGCUCCUGUCAUGGUACGAUGCAAUUGCUCAGGGUGAUGCAGGGAUAACCGAUCCGCUCAUGACGGAGGUACUGGGCCGGCAGCCGGUGUUGCCCCGAGAGGCGAUCCGGGGAUUUUUGAGGGGAAAUCGGGAUUAUGAGUGGCACCAAAACUAUGUCAAUCGCGGUUAG